UUUUUUUUUUUUUAGUAUGUGCUUUCGACAAACUGUGCCCUUUGGUUAUUAUUUAGUGCAUCUUUUUGUUUGUUUGUUUAUUUGUUCACCGCAGCAAACCAAAUAGUUCAAAAAGUGUCCCUGCGUGUCAUACCGAUUUUCAAGGGCUGUGGCGAUACCUGCGCCGAUUUCUUCCCUCCAGCGCCCGAGUGGAGAAAAAACUGAACUAUGAAAAGCGCCCAAGAUUGUGGAUUGAAAUCAGCCAAACUCGCGCCAGCCACCCAACGAUUUUUGUAAAAAGUUUCACGGGAGACGAAAAAAAAAUACAAUUGGUUCCCAUGGAAGCUAGGUAGCGAAAAAGCCAUCAGGACUCAAGGGUAAUGAACAAGAUGCACCACUUGUACCCGACCUCGACGGGCGACCCACUGUGUCCCCUGGGUUUUCAUCCUCAAACAAAAUGGCCUACCAGAUGCAAAAGAUGCUACAGAGACUACAAGGACCACAACCAGGGAGCUGUCAAAAAGACCACGAAGGACACGACCUCCUCGUCGCCGAGCCUAUCGGUAUGGGAGCCGAUGAUUCCAGCGCGCCGUCUGUCGAACGGCUCGGAAAAUCGGCGGAGCUGGUCGUCGACCUCGAACCUCGUGAAAGACGAGCAAAAUUCAACGGGCAGCUGGAACUCAGCGGCGGACCUAUCGAGCGCGAGCCUGAGCGAUCUACGGCCGAUUGUGACCAACGAGCCCGAGGUCACGGUCACGGUCAGACCACCAAGGCCGAAGACCUACGCGGGCUCGUCGUCCGAUAGCUACAACUUCCGGCGCUUCAGUGUCGAUGAGAGCUUCAGUGAUCGCAGGUACCCCAUGCCCACGAAGACGGAAGGGCAGUCGACGGUCCAGCCGCAGAAGCUGCAGAUCAAGGGCGUGAUUGAUAAGAGCAACGGGGCGAGCUCGGACAACGAUGCCGAGUUCAUUAUACAGGUAAGGAAAUCGCGAAUCGCCGAGCGAAAUGGACCUAAAACCGAAUCGUCCACUAAAGUGACGGAAAAGCCCGAAAAACGUCGCGACCAAGAGGUCGAGAAACUCAGGACGCAGCUGAGCGACAUGAGGGCGCGGUGCGAUCGCGUCGAGAAGGAGAAGGCCGAGAUACUGCUGCGCAAGCUCUCCACGAUGGACUCCCCGGCCAAGUCGUCCGGUGGCACCGACGUGCUCAAGCUACAGAAGACUGUCAAGGACCUUCAAGGGAAAAACGAUACACUGACCGAGGAGCGCGCGAGUCUUGCAGCUAAAAUAAAGAGCCUGGAACGCGAGCUGAACUUGAAGACGCACAAGAGCGAGCGCGAGCGCGCCGCGGAGGAGUUGCGCUCGAAGCUCAAGGCCGCGGAGGCGCUCUGCGAGAGCCUCAUGGACGAGAACGAGGACAUGAAGAAGGAGAUCAGGGAACUCGAGGAGGAAAUCUACGAGAUGCAGGACAACUUCAGAGAAGAGCAGGCCGACGAGUACACGAAACUGAAGAAGAACCUCGAACAAUCGAACAAAAAUUGCCGGGUACUGUUGUUUAAGCUCAAGAGGAUCGAGCGCAAGGCCGAGUUGCUGGAGGCCGACAAGACUGAUUUAGAAAAGAAGUACGAGCAGAUCAAAAGGAUAGAGGACGUGCUGAAGAAGGUUGGGACCGAGUACAAAAAUCGAACAAACAAAAAACCAACGGAGUACGCGCAGAAGAUGCAAAUCAAAAAGUUGGCCGACAGUAUGGAAAAGGAUGUGGGAGAAAUAAUCAACGUGAUGGUAAACAUGCUUGACAAUCGCGAUCUUGGAUUGCCGAAUACAAGUUUCAAGUACGACAAAUUGGCCAAGGAGCACGAGCUAUUGAAAGAAAAGCUCGACAAGACGGAAAAAGAAUUGACGAAGGAAAAAGAGGCCAAAAAGAACAAGACUACUGGAACGGCUGUAGUAAACGGGGAUAGCUCGAAAAACGAGGAUUUGGUCAAUUGUGAGUUAAAGAAGAAAUUGGAAGAAAGCCAGGCAUCGCUCGAAACCGAGCGCAAGUCUUGGGAUUCUGAGAAGUUAAAGUUUCAGGAGGAAAAAGAAAAGCUCAAGUCGAAAUUACUCUCACUGUCGGCAGAUAAGCUCAAGGUCUAUAACGAGGUCGUACAGCUCAAAAAGGAUCUCGAGGCAGCAACGUCGACGAAGAAGGAUACAGCCAAGAUUGAGACGGACCUGACGGAUCUGAAGAAGGAACUUGCCCAAGAAAAGGAGCGAUGCAAAAAACUACAAGAGGACCUGAAAUCUGUUGGCGACAAGGAGACGAAACUCGCAAGGACACUAACUACGGUCGAAACAGCAAAAAUUCAAAUGGAAAACGACCUAAAGCAGACUAAAUUAGAACUGGAAAAUCUCAAAAAUUCAACAUCAUCGAAGGUAUCAGAUUUGUUGUCAGAAUUGGCCAAUUUGAAGAAGGAGAAGGACAAACUGACGAGCCAACUGGAAAAAGAAAAACAAACUAAGGACGAGGAGAUCGAAAAAUUAAAAAAGAAGAACCUUAGACUGGAAAAGGCUGGACUAAACUCGAAAAAAUUGGAAGACCUUAAGAGCACGUAUGAAGAAAAAAUAGCAAAUUUGGAAAACGAAGUCAAAAGAGGAACGCGUCAGUACGAGGAUCUGAGUAGCAAACAUGAGAAACUAACCGAGACGAAGUCCCAGCUCGAAAAGGAAAGCCAACUUCUCAACGGACAACUAAUCGACCACAAGCAGGACUACAUAACUCUGCAAGCGGAACUGCAAGAGCUUCGUCAGUUCUAUAGGCUCAAGGAGUCCGAAUGGCUAACGCUGAAGUCGCGCCUCGAAGAACAAUUGCGAGAGUACGAAAAAACGGCGAAUGGACUACUGUCGCAAGACGAUUUGCGGGAGGAAAAUCUCAGGCUUAAAAAGGCGAGCAGCUCGAUGACUCAACAAAUCGAGGACUUGAAGAAAGUUAACGACGACCUAAGCGGCAAGCUGCAAGACUACACGCGGGUCUCCAAGGUCCAGCGCAACCUAACAGCCGACAGUUCGGCCCUGGAAUCAGAACUGCGCAAAAGUAAACUAGCACUGGAGAAUGCGGAAAAGUUGCGGAAAACGGAGCUCGCUCAGAGCAAACUACGCUACGAGCAGAGGAUCCAGGCAAUCAGCGACGAAAUCAAGAGCAUACAGGCGCAACUCACGAGGUACAAACGCGAGCGCGACACUUACAAGCAGAUGCUCGAAGGAGCACAAAGGACGAUCGGUGAACUCAAGAGCAACGCCAGGCCCAGGAGACAAUCGAACGCAUCGACGGGCGCAUCGACCGAGGACGAGGAGGUGUCGAGUGCCAUUCGAGCGCAGCUAGAGAAGCAGAUCGUCACGAUGGAGGACGAGCUGUCGGAGACAAAGCUUGAGGCGUCCAAGCUGAAGACGGAACUCGUCUCCGAAAAGGCAGCCUCGGAGAUUAAAAUGGCCGAGCUGCAGUCGAGGGUCAACGAGUUGGAGGAGGAGAGGCUGUUGGCUAGCGGACGAGCAAAGAUUCCAGGGCUGAAGGUGCGCAUGGAACUGGCCUGGCAGAAGGAGCGCGAGGACCAGCAGAGGCUACUGCAGGAGACGGCGACACUGGCACGUGACCUCAGACAGACGCUCUUCGAGGUGGAGCGAGAGCGGGACAAGGAGCGCUUGGAGAACAAGAGGAGAUCCGAGCAAAUGAAAAAACAAUUCGAGGAGGAAAAGACCGAGAGCAGAAACCAGUUCCUCGGGCUCCAAACCGAUCUGAUCGAGCUGAGAGACGCCCACGCGAAGCUGCGCACGAGCAACGAAAAGAUGCGCCGCGACAAGCACAAGUACGAGCAAGAGAUAGACGACCUGCGGGGCCUGCUGAUCAGCAAACGCAGGGCCGAGCAAUUGGAGGCGCGCAACUUGAACGUCCUGCUGCAGCAGGUGGAUGAUCUCAUGAGGCUAUUCCCGGAGACGAAUGGUAACGCGGAUGACGGGCGCGGCAGGCAUGAGUUAUACACGCCAACGCCGCCUCGUAGGCUCAAGGGACCCAAGUCGAGGGAGUCCUCGCCGAUGCUGGAGUCGAGGGAGGACGUCAGUCGAGCCUCGUCGGUCGCACCGGCCGGGAAGACGGAGAAGCUGGAGUACACGAUAAAGAAGCUGAUGGAGGUCGCCAGGGAGCUGCAGGAGUCGAAAAAGUCCUCGGACGAGAGCGCCGGUAGGACGAAGAAAUCGAGCAAACGGUCUUCGUCCAUUGAAAACGAUGCUGGGAAAGUGACGGGUCGCUCGAAACCGAGCUUGAAAAGGAAGAGCCUGUCACUGGAGCAAACGACCGGAAGAGGUGACCAGUCUAUAUGGGGAAACAACAGCAACAGCAACGUCUCGAGCCUACAGUCGUUGAACGGUUCGGAAAUGAGUACUCGGCACGGUAGUCUAGUUCGAGACGCGAGUAUGGAAAGCCAAUUGUCAACUGAAUCCACGCAGAGCGAGAUACUCGACAAAAAGCAUAGCAAGGGAAUAUUUCGCAAGAUGACGACGAAACUGACGAAAUCGGCGAGCCUGGACGAUCCAUCUUACGACUCGUCCCUUCAGAGCUCGGGAUCCGAGGCGAACCUAACCGAAGCACUGAAGAAGGAUAAGAAGAACCUGAAAAAAAAGUUGUCGGACAUGUUCAAGCGUGGCUCAAAAAGCAACGGAUUGGACAAACCGGACAGCCGGCCACCGUCACGGACCUCCUUGGCGUCGAAAGACUCGAGGGUCUCGAGAGUCUCGAAAGCCUCGAAGACAUGAUUCCCGAAGCACCAAUAAACGCAUCGUUAUUGAAACCUUCAUUAUUUAUCGUUCGUUGAAUAAUUCAUAAAUGAAAUUAAAAAAAAAAAAAAAAAAAUGCAUAUUAAUCAUACGCAAAGCUUUACCAGUUUGGCAUUUUAUACGGACACGUACACUCAAGCGCGUAUCUUAUUCGCUAUGGUGUAUGAAUUAAUUGACGAAACAAAAAAUACAUUGAAAACGAUCGAUCGACGUUUGUAUACGAAUUGGUAUCGAUUAAAAAGUCUACUGAUUGUGGUGUCGUAAGUUCUGAAUUGAAAAGUUACCGAUUUAGGUGUUUAUCCUGGAAAAAACGAUAGAUUGAAAAAAUUUGACUUAAAAAAAUUGCCUCUUUUUUUUCUAAUCAACAAAAUCCCAACGAUUCGAUCGAAAUGUGCCUUUUUGCCGAUUGGCAACUAUGAAGUGGCGAGUGUUCGAUUUUUAUAUCGUUCAAUGUAAAAGGGCACAGGCAAAUGUGCCAGUGGAAUGCGUGAAUUAUGCAAUAAUUGUGUUGUUACCGAUAUGAGCUGCAUACACGUAUUAUUGUUAUUUUAUUUGUAAAUAUUGUUAUCGCAGUAAAAGUAAUGAUGUUGAUCAAUCGA